GUAACCCAAAUAGAGGACAUAAGGCACAAACGGGAGUUGAUAUUCCGCCUGAUACAUAACAGCUGCGCCUUUCACAUUAGUGAACACUUCAACGCUUGACUACACUGCGCAAACAUUUAAAGAGAAAUACAAUCAUCAUCAACGCCGGCGUUAACUCUCAUUCAUCAGGGAGCUUUUUACUGGUGUUUCUUUACAUUUACCCGUGAUAUUAUAUGCAUGAUGUCCGUACAUUCACUGUAUAAAAGUGCAAGCUCCAGCUGCAGUAACAUGGCACCAGCAUCACUUCCCGUUACAUCUUCAUUUCUGCCUGCAUCUCCGACGCAUUGAUGGAGGAUGACGAUUUGGAGUAGCUAGCGGGAUAAAUCAUUAACAUAUUUGAAAUGCCGGCAUUCUCGUGUGCCUUUCCUGGCUGUCGCAGGGAUCUCCUGGUAAUAGUUUUAGUUGUGUUCGUGGGCAUUGGAUUACCUAUUGAAGCCUCUGCCCCUGCAUAUCAAUCGCAUGGGACUGAAGGCUCAUAUUUAACUAAUGUAACAAAUACUAAAAAGGCAUUUCCUGUACUUGCCGUAAAUUACAAACACGUACGACAGCCUUUUGAGAUCGCUCUAUGGAUCCUCCUCGCCUUAUUGAUGAAACUUGGUUUCCAUCUGAUCCCGCGUCUGUCUGGCGUGGUCCCAGAGAGCUGCCUGCUGAUCGUGGUGGGGCUGCUAGUGGGGGGGCUCAUCAAGGUGAUCGGAGAAGAGCCCCCAGUACUGGACUCCCAGCUCUUCUUCCUGUGCCUCCUCCCUCCCAUCAUCCUUGAUGCUGGCUACUUUCUGCCGAUCCGGCCCUUCACAGAGAAUGUGGGCACCAUCUUGGUGUUUGCGGUGAUAGGUACCCUGUGGAACACCUUCUUUAUGGGGGGCUUGCUGUACGCCUUGUGUCAGAUCGAGAGCGUCGGUCUGGGCGGAGUUGACCUGCUGGCCUGCCUGCUCUUCGGCUCCAUCGUGUCGGCCGUGGACCCUGUGGCCGUGCUGGCUGUGUUUGAGGAGAUCCAUAUCAACGAGUUGGUUCACAUCCUGGUGUUUGGGGAGUCCCUUCUCAAUGAUGCUGUCACAGUGGUUCUGUACAACCUGUUUGAGGAGUUCGCCAAAGUGGGGACGGUCACCGUAUUGGAUGUGUUCCUAGGCGUGGUGUGUUUCUUCGUGGUGUCCCUAGGAGGGGUCCUGGUGGGGGCCAUCUACGGCUUCUUGGCAGCCUUCACCUCUCGUUUCACCUCUCACACCCGCGUCAUCGAACCCCUUUUCGUCUUCCUUUACAGCUACAUGGCCUACCUCUCCUCCGAGAUGUUCCAUCUCUCUGGUAUCAUGGCUUUGAUAGUAUGUGGGGUUGUGAUGCGGCCCUAUGUGGAGGCCAACAUAUCCCACAAGUCCUACACCACCAUCAAGUACUUCCUGAAGAUGUGGAGCAGCGUGAGCGAGACGCUUAUCUUCAUUUUCCUGGGCGUGUCCACGGUGGCAGGGCCGCAUGCCUGGAACUGGACCUUCGUCAUCACCACCGUCAUCCUCUGUCUGGUGUCACGAGUACUGGGUGUGAUUGGCCUUACAUUCAUCAUAAACAAAUUCCGUAUUGUCAAGUUGACCAAAAAGGACCAGUUCAUUGUGGCCUACGGUGGCCUGCGAGGGGCCAUAGCUUUCUCCCUGGGAUACCUGCUGUCAAAUAGACACCAAAUGAGGAACUUGUUCCUGACAGCAAUCAUCACUGUCAUUUUCUUUACUGUGUUUGUGCAGGGUAUGACAAUCAGGCCCUUGGUUGAGCUACUUGCUGUGAAGAAGAAGAAGGAGAGCAAACCUUCCAUCAACGAGGAGAUUCACACAGAGUUCCUGAACCAUCUCCUCACAGGCGUUGAGGGUGUCUGUGGCCAUUAUGGGCAUUAUCACUGGAAGGAGAAGCUUAACCGCUUCAACAAGACCUACGUGAAGAGGUGGCUUAUAGCGGGCGAGAACUUUAAGGAGCCUGAGUUGAUCGCCUUCUACCGCAAGAUGGAGCUGAAGCAGGCUAUUAUGAUGGUGGAGAGUGGCCAGCUGCCCUCAGCUCUGCCCUCCACCAUCUCCAUGCAGAACAUCCAGCCCAGAGCGAUUCCACGGGUCUCUAAGAAACGGGAGGAAGAGAUCAGAAGGAUCCUGAGGUCCAACCUGCAGAACAACAAGCAAAAAAUGCGCAGCAGAUCCUACAGCAGACACACUCUGUUUGACGCCGAUGAGGAAGACAACGUGAGCGAGGUGCGCCUACGGAAGACGAAGAUGGAGAUGGAGAGGAGGGUCAGUGUGAUGGAGAGGAGGAUGAGCCACUACCUCACUGUUCCAGCUAACCGGGAGUCACCUAGGCCUGGGGUCAGGCGAGUCAGGUUUGAAUCAGACAACCAGGUUUUCAGUGCUGACAGUGUCCCUACUGUCCACUUUGAGCAGCCUUCCCCUCCCAGCACACCUGACGCUGUCAGCCUAGAGGAGGAGGUACCCAAGAGGCCUAGCCUGGAAGCAGACAUAGAAGGACCCAGGGGUAAUGCGUCAGACAACCACCAGGGCGAGCUGGACUACCAGAGACUAGCACGCUGUCUAAGCGACCCCGGUCCCAAUAAAGACAAGGAGGAGGACGAUCCCUUCAUGUCCUGUUAAAGAACAUCUUUUAAACUAUAGCGCUUCAAAUGAGGAGAAUAAUAGGAUUCCACUAUUUCAGAAGCUCCUUAAUUAUCCUCUGGCACUUAAUUGUAUGAGAUGGAGAUUUGUCUAUGGCAACAUCUCAAAGUAUCAUUUAUUGAAGGACAUUUCUAAUUUAUCUAUGUGCCGUUAUUGUUGUAUUUCUCAUGUUUGGGUCCUUGUUCUUUGGUAUUUUUGAUGUAAGAUAAUGUGAAUAAUUUGCCAAAGGUUCACAUACCAAUUUUUCUUGAACCAUUUUUCAAUAUCAUGAAAUCAUGUGUCAAGAUUUGUUUGGUUUUCAGAGAUUUUUAAAAUGUUUUUUGUUAUGUAAAAUCACAGCUUCCUUUUAGAGAGAGGAAUGUAGGUGUUUGUCAGCACUUCUGUCUUAAUAUGUUUUUCACAUGAUAGUGCUUCUCAUUCACUUUGUUUGCAUGAAUAAUAAAUAUAUUUUCUCAGGGACUGCAUCACAGGGUAGCUGGCCAACUACCCUUAGCAGCCAGAAAACACACUCCUGGUAACUAUAUAAAUACAAAUGCAAUUUCCAGUAUGUCUUUUGACUGGAUAAAAGCCUUUUCAUUGGAAGCAAGUAGCAAAAUAGAUUCCAUAUCACACAAAGUAAUCGCACUCAUGCCUUGUCUCCACUGUAUUUGGGUCUGAAGCUGUCAAAAUCAAUUUAGACUUGUAAGUGAUUGUUUAAAAAAAGGAAGUUGCCAAGUUGAAUAAUUUUUAUAAAGACAAUGCAGGCCUAUUUGAAAUGGGUUGAAUUGUUAGCAGUUUGUACUGAGAGGUAAAACAAGCUUUACAGAUAAUAUGCAUCAGAAAUUAAGAUGACUUCAUGACUGAGUUUAACAAUAAAGUGCUUAUAAAAUAAAAA